AACAAUUCAUAUACCACAUAUAGUACAACAGCUCUGUUUUACUCCAACAGUAUCAAGAGCAGGUCCGGUAGUGGCUUGCUUUAUCGGGAUAGGUGCCCCUUUGGUGGUAGCUAGGGGGGUAACGUGAUAAGAAGAUGGGUACUACGAUGGGGAUUCCUUUGGUUGUAGUGUGGAUGGUGUAGUUGCUCGGGGUUCCACAUUCAGAAGGGGGUUUGGUGGUGAGGGAUAGGGUAGGUACAAUGGUUUUUGUGCAGGGCUUUAUUUAUGUAGGUAUUGACGACCCGUACAUUGUCGAACUGUGACUCGUCCUGAAUAUCACAAUUAAUUUCCGCCUAAGGUCCAAGUAUAAACCUUAGUAGGGUGCAAUACAGGGCAAGUAUAUUUAAAUAUUGACUCGGGGUGGUCCGUGUACCCCUACUUCAAUUGUUUGAAGCAUUAUCUAGCGAAUCGGUUUUGGUUGAAAAGAUUGCUAACUAAAGUAAAGCAAGGCAAAAGUAAACGAUUUUGAAAGCUCUAUGUGAGAAGGAUCACUCGGGUGUCGCUUCCCCCUAACUACUACCAUGGCAUGAAGAAUUGAAUUAAUUGUUACGGGCAAGGUGACCGUGAACCGCUAGGAAACUCAACUAUGAUCGUAGACCACACUCUCGUUUGCCAAACCAAAGGAUACAUUAUAGGCUACUCAAUUAGCCCUCUUGGUGAAGGCAAUCAAUGGUUGACUUACUCUAUCACUCAACCCAAUGGUUGGUCGGCUUAAUCGCACUUAACCAAAUUGCUUAAUUCAACAUAGAGGUUUGCCCUACAUUAACCUAGAUAGGUUGCUUAAAAAGUCCAAGGAAUCCCAACUCAAUUGAGCCUCCUUUAAAAGGGGGUUUUCCUUCUCAUCUAGGUUAGAAUGACCAAUUGGAUUGCUAAGCACAAACAUGCACAAUCAACAUGAAAUAUACCUCAAUCAUUGAAUGAUUUGAAUUCAAAAACACCCAUAAUAAAUCAUUCAAUUCACCCAACAACUACAUAGCAAAUAGUUAGGGUUUCACAACACCCAAGUGAAAAAGAGUACUACUCCAUGCUAGGAAGGGGAAGAACACAAGAGGAAGAGGUAGAAACAAUCAUGGUGAUGCCUCCAAUCUCCUUUGAGCUUGUGUUGAUCUUCUCUUGGGGAGAAUCUUCCCAAUCCACCACUUAGAGCAAACCGUAGCCUUCUUUCUUCCUUGGUUCGUUCUUUCUCUCUCUAAAAUCUGAAGAAGACACUUUCUCACACUUUGGCCUCCCCCUCUCUCUUUCUUUCAGCUCACAUUAUAUACCAGGAUCGGGCUCAGUUCACGGCCUCAGUUCAUGGUCGUGAACUCUUCAACACGUCCGUGAACAUAGAGCGCGAUGCCGAAACACACCGCUUCGCCAUCAGGAGUUCACGGUUUGGCCUCAAUCUUCACGGUCUUAUUGAUCGUGAACUCGUCCCGCGGUACUAACUGCAGAAUUCUCCCUAAAUGCAUCCUGGUUCACGGUUUUGGGCUUCAGUUCACGACCAUAGUGAACCGUGAACUGCGCCUGGAUCACCCUCUUUGCCCGGUCCUCGCCUCUUUUCGUCCAACUUUUGACACCCCGGGACUGGUUUCACCUGUUGGAUCCUGAAACACACUAAAACUCACAAUACGUAGCGUAAAACCACCCUUUUUUGGAGUCCAAAUGCUACAAAAGCCCAAGGGAAACGGGGAUAAAAUGUGUGCAUUUAGACCCGAAUCACUCCCCCACCCUUAAACGUUUGCUUGUCCCCAUGACACGCUAGAACACAACACCAAACUACAACCAAGUGUAAUUGCAGUCCGGAAAUGCAGUAACAGGCAAGCUCUAUUUGUCAACUCGGAGUCUAGAUCUACUACCUACUCCGUGAAUAUCUAUUAUCUAGAAAACUAAGUCGAGUGAUUGUGAUUUUAACUAAAAGCAGUAAGAAAGCAGGAAAUGGUUCGGUUUUCUAUAGAAAGGGAAGAGUCACUCGAGAAUGAGUCCCCCUAGCUCCUUAGUUAGGCCGAGGUUGUAAUUACCCUGGGUUGAUUAACUGUUGAUUAAACUGCGGAAGAUCCGACAGUAACUUGGAAUCUUAAGCUGACCAAGCCCUCUCAGGCAGGCUAACCGGUAGGCGACUAACCUUCAUCGGGAUAGACUGCUGAGGUUAUAAGCACAUAACUCCACUACUGGAAUUGGGUUCCAGUACAAAGCAGUAAAUCGAUUAACUCUCGUAUAACCAAUCUACCACUACCGAUUGAUGAAGCUCUAACAACCUAAUCAGAUUCUAUCUAUCUCAAGUUGCAGCACAAAUCAAGAAAAGAUGAUCAGACUUCAAUUGACUCAAUGAAUCAUGCAUCAAUCGAUUAAAAUCAAACAGUAUAACAAUCCCAAGUCAUUACAAUCAAGAUCCCUAACACAUGGAACUAGGGUUCUUCAUACCCAAGUGAGCGAAAGUUCUACUCCAUAGAGAGAGAGAGGAAAACAGAAAUCAGAGUAGCCAUACUCAUAACAAUGAGGAUAAUCUGCUCCGGGAUGAUGAUCUUCAAUCCUGGGGAUGUAAUCUGGUCUAAAAUGGUGAGAAAUCCACUCCAAAUAGCUCCUAGGGUUUGUUCUUCGCACUUUCUCCCUCUAAAACUCUGUUUUUGCUCCAAAAAGUCGAUUCCCUCUAGGAUGGCUCGAAAUUGGGUUAAAAGCCAGAAUUUCCCGACCACACGGCCGUGUGGCUUUCUAGUCUGCCCGUGUGGAUGUGAAAACGCCGUGUUUCGAUUAGUGGACUUCAGGCACGCUGCACGGCCAGAGUCACACGGUCGUGUGGGUUUCCAGACUGGAUUUCCAAGUCACACGGCCGUGUGGAAUUUAGGUCUGCUAGCAUGAAAUUUCCAGCUUUUCGUCAAACGUCCCAACUUCGUCCAAUCGACCCCCAACUCGUGCCCAAACCUUCUUUCACGUACUAGGACCUGAAAUAUCACAAACAAGAAAAACCUAGCGUGAAAUCGGCCUAAAACACGAGAGAUGAGACUCAAACGGUACAUGAAUGGUGGAUAAAAACAUGUGUAUAUAUCAAGUCAUCAAAUUCCCCCACACUUAACCGUUUGCAUGUCCCCAAGCAAACCUGACUCAAACCGAUACAACUCUCCAGACCUCUAUAGCAACAUGCAAUCCCGAUCGUCGGCAGAGGAUUUUCUAGAUCAUUUAGCAACUUACGAGGUCAACUGGUCUUCUAAGACGCCCCCUAUCUCUCUCAAUGAGAUUACUAGACUCAAGCCAGGAUCAUGAAACGCAGUGGAACUAAGACAGUCAAUUCAUGGAUAAGGAGACUCACACAAUUCAACAACCAAGGACUCAUUGUAUCGGGUGCUCUUUCAUUUCAUUUCACUUGUUGGAACCCCUUCUUCUUACUAUUUGUUUUUUUUUUUUGGGUUCCAAUUGCAGUUUGUAUGCGCGGUCUGCCCUUAUUAGGUGAGCAAGAGCAAUUUCUAUACAUCUGUCACUUGCAGAGUACUUCUUUGAACUCCUAUUCCUCACUUCGUGUGGAGGGUCAAUGAAAUUAAGGGGGUUCG